AUGCGCAUAGGAAUACACAGCGAGCUACACAACAGCAGAUAUCCUGUUCUUCACGCUGAGAUGCGUCGACGCCUGUGGUAUUCCCUCAUCUUCUUCGACGCCCGGAUCAGCGAGCUUGCCAUGUACAAGAAUACUUGCCUCACCCCGACCUGGGACUGCAAGGCACCACUCAACAUCAAUGACCAUGAUCUUCGCGCAGGUAUGCGGGAGCCGCCGGUGGCGCAGUCAAAAACUAGCGAGGCUCUCUUCGUCGUGGUACGGAGCGAGAUUGCCAACUUCGUGCGUCACGCGUCUUUCUAUCUUGAAUUCACAACUCCAGCCCUCAAGGCAGUGGCGCGGGAGGUGGCGGAGGAGAAGCAAGUUGCAGACUUUGCAAAGUCAAUGGAGCGAGACUAUUUUGAUCAUUGUGAUCCUGGAAACCCACUUCACUAUCUCUCCAUCUGGAGCACGAGAUCGUUCUUGUCCAGGUCGCUCCUUCAAGAGCACUACGCUGCGUGCUCGAGCGGCGCAAAGACCACAUCUAAACAAGCAAACGACGCCCUUUCUCAUGCAAUACACAUGAUCGACUGUGAUACGCAACUGCACAAUACCGCCUUGGUCAAGGGAUUUCGGUGGUUCUUCCGUUAUCAGUUUCCAGCCAUUGGCUACUUCCACAUCAUCGAAGUUCUGAAGAAGGAUCCUACAGAUUCUGUCGCUAAACGCGCGUGGGACGUAAUGAGCGAGAACUACGAGGCACGUCAUGCAGCGGGCGACCACACCGACUUGAACGGGCCCUUUGUGAGACAUUUCACCAAACUUAUACUCGAGUUGUGGGACUCGACGCAGGCCACAGCACAGGAUGGAGGCAAGCACAACCCGGAGCCAAGGAUUGUGGAGCUCAUGUCCUCGAAAGCUGCGGGCCUAGGUCUACCAGGAGGUCCGGGAGGAGUAACAGGUGUCGGGGAAACCGAAGACACAAUGAGCACGUACAUGGACGAAUUCAUGUGGUCCAUGUCAGCAGGGUAUCCUCCACAGGACUGCACGUCUGGUCUCGGGCUACCGGGUUCAAUAGGCGGUAUGGUUUCCAGUCUACAAGAACAGGUGUCAAAUCCCAUUGGCGCUGAUUUGCAAACGCCCGCAUCAGCGCCGUGGAUGGCUGGCGGAUACUGGUAG